UUUACAGGACGUCUCGGGUGCGCGCAUUGUUCAGAGGAGGAAGAGGGAGGGAAACGGGAUUGAUUUCGACCUUAGGAAGCGAGAAAGAUUUCGACGCGGGAGUGAGACGCAAACACGGAUUUUCUUUGGGAUAAGCGAACGGGCCUCGCUGCUAAAACGAUGCCUCACUCACGGCGGUACCCGUCUUCGGAGCGGGCGAGUCGAGGCAGCUACCAGGACCGUUACCGCGGCCGCAGGCACCGGCACCGCCGCUCGCCCUCCCUGUCCUCCAGCAGCGAGCGAGAGCGCGAGCGGGACAGGCGGGGUGGGCCGCACCGGCAGGGCUGCAGCUACCUGCGCUCCAGGAGCUACGACAACCGCUCGGCAGACCGCAGGCCGUACGACCGCCACUACUGCGAGGGCUACCGUCGCCUGGACUACGGCCGCGAGCAGGAGCGGGAGAGGGAGAGGGAGAGGGAGCACGCCGCGGCCGAGGGCUACUACGCGCACGCCGACUUCGCCGCCCGCCCCUACGACUACCGGCGCGGGCGGGAGCGCGAGCGGGAGCGGGAGCGCGAGGACUCGUACGAGAGGAAGGGCAGCAGGCGUAAGCACAAUCGAAGGAGGCGUAGAACCAGGUCCUAUAGCGCGUCCUCUUCGCGGAGCGGCAGCCGGACGCGAGCGUUGAGUGUGAGGGACGACGAAGAGGGCCACCUGGUCUAUCGGAGUGGGGACGUCCUGCAAGAGAGAUAUGAGAUCGUGAACACUCUGGGGGAAGGAACCUUUGGGAGGGUGGUUCAGUGUGUGGACCAUCGCAGGGGCGGAGCCCGUGUGGCCUUGAAGAUCAUCAAGAACGUAGAGAAGUACAAGGAGGCAGCGCGACUGGAGAUUAACGUGCUGGAGAAGAUCAACGAGAAGGACCCGGAGAACAAGCACCUGUGCGUGCAGAUGUACGACUGGUUCGACUACCACGGCCACAUGUGCAUCUCCUUCGAGCUGCUGGCGCUCAGCACCUUCGACUUCCUCAAGGAGAACAACUACCUGCCCUACUCCAUCGGCCAGGUCCGCCACAUGGCCUACCAGAUCUGCCAGGCGGUCAAGUACAUGCACGACAGCAAGCUGACGCACACGGACCUGAAGCCGGAGAACAUCCUGUUCGUCAACUCGGACUUCACCAUGACGUACAACGUGGAGAAGAAACGGGACGAGCGCACGGUGAAGAGCACCGCCGUGCGGGUGGUGGAUUUCGGCAGCGCCACGUUCGAUCACGAGCACCACAGCACCAUCGUGUCCACCCGCCACUACCGCGCCCCGGAGGUCAUCCUGGAGCUGGGCUGGAGCCAGCCAUGUGACGUGUGGAGCAUCGGCUGCAUCCUGUUUGAGUACUACCUGGGCUUCACCUUGUUUCAGACCCAUGACAACCGGGAGCACCUGGCCAUGAUGGAGAGGAUUCUGGGUCCGGUUCCUUCUAAGAUGAUCCGUAAAACCAGGAAGCAGAAGUAUUUCUACCGCGGCCGGCUGGACUGGGACGAGAGCAGCUCGGCGGGGAGAUACGUGAGAGAGAACUGCAAACCGCUGCGGAGAUACCUCCUCUCCGAGGCGGAGGAGCACCACCAGCUCUUUGACCUGAUUGAGAGCAUGCUGGAGUACGAGCCCUCCAAGCGCCUCACCAUGGCCGCCGCUCUCCGCCACCCCUUCUUCGAGGCCGGCAACGGGGGCGACGCCAGCGGCAGCAAGACCUGGGAGGGCAACCGCGACAUCAGCCGGUGACCCCGCCCCUCACGGGGGGGGGGGUGCAGCUACGGGGGGGACGGGGGGGGCGGGGGAUCUGGGGGAAACGCAGCGAGGGUCAACCCGACCCGCUGACCCGCUGACGGAAGGACCUACGAGCAGAUAUGCAAAGAAGUGGGCUGGAAUUGGCAGAGGGUUCCCAAGGCAACGCAGUUUGACUGACAGCCACUCCGCUUCCCUGAUCCGCUACCUCUCACCUCAGUAGCAUCAACCUCAUCCUCCUACCCGUUCGCGUGCGAGAACAUGCACACGCACACAAACACACACACACACACGCACGCACACACACACACACACACACAGUGGACACUAGGGUUGAUGUGUGCUGAUGGGGUGUAGUGCUCAAGGCUGUGAGGGUUGAUUGGCCAGUGAAGAAUCGGCCACCUCGAACCCAGAAUCCAUCAGCUUCCACACGUGAGGAAGGGGACAGAACUUUCCAGAAACAAACCCGGUGCUGUUCUAGAGGAGCGAGGGGGAGAGGCGGCCGUCGGGGGCUCAAACCCACGGCCGGUCUCUGGACAAUCCCACGAUGGAGGACGCAGGGCCCAUCACCCCCAAAGUAGCAGUCAUCUGUUUCUUGUGUUCUGAUUGGCCAUGAGCAUUCCAUGUGCUGUGCAUAAGCCAAUCAGAAUGGAACUCAAGAAUUUUUUUUCCUGCCACCUGCUUAUGUCUUGAGACUGACUCUUCAGACCAAACAUUUGUACACUCCCCAUACUGAUCGACAGCUCUCCCUCUCUGUGAGAUUUGGGAGGGGCUUACAGUGACCCCGCCCACAAGCACGCAGCAUUAUUCCCCAAUUUAGUAUGUGGCGAACUGGGGACUCUUAAGCUCUUGGACUGGUACCGACUGCCACACAAAAUGGCUGACCUUUAUGUAUUAGGAGGGACUGUGUCUGUCUGACAUUGUGGGAGAACAGUGCGGACAGUGUAAUGUACGGCGAAUACUCUGUGCUCCAGAUGCACAACACGCAGGUUUACAGUAUUUAUUUUUGACCAGCUGCAGGUGGACAUCUUGUUGGGGUUUCUUUUUGUAUGAACCGAACUGUAUAAACUGUAUAUAAAUGUUUGAGUAUGUAAUAAAAGUGAGCUCCUUCUCAA